CUCGCGGAAGUGAUGACGCUCGGGAGAGUCAGCUGACUCGUAGCGUGACCCGCGCGCGCUGCUCCGCGCUUCUCCGCGCUUCUCCGCUCCGCGUUUGUGUUGCGUGCCACCGUGCAGGUGUGCGUCCACGGUGUUGUAACUUAAUGUAGCGCGUACAUGGAGAGCGACGUGCACGCCUGCUGCUGCUGCUGCUACCGGCCCGAGCUCCCUAGCGGUGUGUUACCAUGACAUGAGGAGGAGGAAGGACGAGUUUUCCCCGCCUGCUGCUGCUGUUCGCAGCUCCGCCUUAUAAUAAGUUAUAUAGAAGAAAGAAAGUUUGUCCCUUUGAUUGAUCCGUCAUCGAUUGAUCGACCUUUUGAUCUCCAGUCCGGGCUGUUUGGAGCAGCGUUGGUUGAGCCUUGAGCAGCUGACUGCCCUCGAAGAGAACGAGCGAGGGGCUCCCGGUCAGCGCACGGUCUUUGCGCGGUCAAGCGCCGGUUCGGCUGCCCGGGCACCAUGGACCCCCUGGGCGCUCGCUCGCAGUUCGUGGACGUUCAGACGCUGCACAGCUGGGACGACGCGGAGGAGCAGGACAGGGACCGAGUGGACGCGCCCCUCGCCGGGGACUCGGACGCCCGCGACGACAGCCUGAGCGGUCAGCAGGGUGCGGUCCGGUCGCCUUUCCCCUUCCGAGACGACAUCAACAGGAAGGUCGUCCUCUACAUCGGAAACGUGGCCCUGCUGAACUGCACAGCCAUCGUGAACACGAGCAACGAGCUGCUCUCCGACAAGAACCCCGUGUCCGACAGCAUCCACCAGCUGGCUGGUCCAGAGCUGCGCGAGGAGCUGCUCAAGAUGAAAGGCUGCAGGACCGGCGAAGCCAAGAUGACCAAGGGCUUCAACCUGGCGGCGCGAUUCAUCAUCCACACGGUGGGGCCCAAGUACAAGGCCAAGUACCGGACGGCGGCCGAGAGCUCGCUCUUCAGCUGCUACAGGAACGUGCUGCAGAUCGCCCGGGAGCAGGCCAUGGCCUCGGUGGCUCUCUGUGUCAUCAGCACGGCCAAGAGGGGCUACCCUCUGGAGGACGCGACGCACAUCGCCCUGCGGACGGUGCGCAGGUUUCUGGAGAAGCACGGCGAGAGUCUGGAGACGAUCGUGUUUGCGGUCACUUUGGCCGAGGAGCCGGUGUACAGGAAGCUGAUGCCCCUCUACUUCCCCCGCUCGCUGGAGGAGGAGCGCUCCAGCCUGGCCCUCAUUCCCCCGGACAUCGGGAACUCCGAGGGCGAACCGGUGGUCCCCGAGAGGCAAAUCCGCAUCACCGAGAAACCAGGCAGCCUGGAGGAUGACUCGGAGGACGAGGCCUUCGACUCGGACCUGGGGCUGGUGGGGAGCCACGCCUUUGCGCGGAUGGAGGGCGACGUGGACAAGCAGCGGCGCCUCGUCCUGCAGGGACAGAUGUCGGAGGCGGCGAUGCAAAAGCAGCAUCAGAGGAACUACAGCCGCUGGUUGGGCCGAGCCCGAGCCGAGGACCUGUCGGACAUCGCGGCUCUGAAAGCCCUCUACCAAACCGGGGUGGAUCUCUGUGGCCGGACGGUCAUGGUGGUGGUGGGGAGGAAUAUCCCCGUGACACUAAUCGACAUGGAAAAGGCGAUGCUUUAUUUCAUUCAUGUCAUGGACCACAUCGCUGCCAAGGACUACGUGAUGGUGUACUUCCACACGCUGACCGCCGAGCACAACCACCUGGACACGGACUUCCUCAAGCGGCUCUACGACAUCGUGGACGUCAAGUAUAAGAAGAAUCUGAAGGCUUUUUACUUUGUUCAUCCCACGUUCCGCUCCAAGGUGUCCACGUGGUUCUUCAGCACCUUCAACGUAUCGGGUCUCAAGGAGAAGGUUCACCACGUGGAGAGCCUGCAGCAGCUCUUCACCUGCAUCCAGCCCGAGCAGAUCGACAUCCCGCCCUUCGUGCUCGAGUACGACUCGCAGGUGAACGGUCCCUACCGGCUUCCCUCCUCCUCCGGUCUGUGAUCGUUGCCUCCGGGAGGGGACGCUGGGUCGAAACUUCAGACUUGGACCGAGUGCGGCAGCGUAUGGCGUUGAGCUCAGCACUGUGGGAGUUAAUUUCAGAGGUUGCUGUAAUGCAGUGUGGGAGCACUGGACUCUCAUGCUCUUGGACUCAUCGGCUUCUUCAUCAUGUCUGCAAAACACACUUAUUUGAGCCCAUUUUUUUUUUGUUUUACUGGGGACUGUGGCCCCUCCUCCUACACAACCAGCCAAUCACUGAAGGUCCUGGUGGUCAGAUGGUCUUCACUUAGGGUGGUCAAGGGGUGCUCUUUUCUUUUUUGAGAGAAGUGCACAUCUGCCAAAAUAUCAUGCCUGUAAUUGGUAGCUGUAGGGAGGGGCUCCUUCGCCCUGAUUGAUCCGUUGCACCUCAGUUUGUGCACCACGUGGUGUUGGUGGGCGGGGAGGGGGUUAUGGGGACUAAACAUAUCAAUAAAG